UGAGAGUGGAGAUCUCUGACCGUGUUCGGCCCAUAGCCUCGCUGAUGGGGUUGCUGACGGCUGUGCUGAUUCUGAGUGCUCCAAAUGCUGUGGCUACAGCCUGCUGCUUCUCUCGGAGCCAGGGCGGGGACCGCAGGAAGAGCCUUGUUCAAGAGCCAGAAGCCCAUCCUGUCCACUGCUGCUCCCUCCUGCAAGCAGGGCUGCAGGCCCCCAGAGGCCGUUUGGGAGCAGCUGCAGAGGGAAGAAGACAGCUGGGAGCUGCGUUUUUACAAGGAGCUCACAGCUGCUGUCUCAUGACUGGCUCUGUCUCCUGGAAGGUGGCUCUGCUCUGAAGCCAUAAAGAAGAGGGGCAGAGAAGCAGCAGCAGUGCAGGGAGCUCCAGCUGCUGGGAGCCGAGGCAGAGAGGGGGCAGCUGUACCCCCUGCCCCACGCUGAGCCAGGGAAAAUGAGCUGCCCGUCCACCCAGAGCGGGGAGCAGAUCGAGCCACUCAGAUACCUCAGACGGUGAGCUCUCUAGGACGGAGACUGCUGCUCACUGUCUGUGCAGCGCCUGGCACAGCAGGGCCCUGAUCUCAGCUGGGGAGACUGUAAUACAAAUACUAGAUAGCAGCCUAGGCUGAUGGCACAUAGGGGCUUCCCGGCAGUCUCCAACCACCUGCUCCAUCAGUAUUGUCAUCAGUCUGCUCCAUCAGCUGCUAACUGGUGUUUCCGAAGAAUGCAGCUUCCACCCAUAAUGCUGCAUCUCAGCCUGCACAGACAUGCGGCCAGCGAUGGUACGAACUUCACCGCACAUCCCCUCACCAGCUGUUAGCUGCCUCACAUGGAUUCCAGGUAGCACUGAGUACUGGUGGCACCUUCUCUCCUCUGGGACCCCAGGACUUCUCUUCUUCCUUGACUGAUGGGCCUGGGCUGGCCUUGCUAGUAGAUUGAACAGCUCCGGGAACUGUCCAAGCCGCUUGGAGGCAGAAGCCAUCGAGAAGGAGCUGUUGGAAGAUUACAAAUUUGGUCGGCAGCAGCUGAUUGAGAUCUGGGGACACGCCAGCGCCAUGGCUGUGACCAAGGUGUUCCCUCUGCCGUCCCUCCCAAGGAAGCAGCCCACGGUGCUUGUGGUGUGUGGGCCCCAUCAGAACGGUGCCAUCGGCUUGGUGUGCGCACGGCAUUUGCGGGUGUUUGAAUACGAGCCGACCAUCUUUUACCCCAAGCGGUCCCCAAAUUCCCUCUAUCGGGAUUUCACCACCCAGUGCGAAAAGAUGGACAUCCCCUUCCUCUCGUACCUGCCAACGGAGGUCCAGCUGAUCAACGACGCCUACAACGUGGUGAUCGAUGCCAUCCUGGGAGUCGACGCCGAGCCCGGGGAGGUGAAGGAGCCGUAUACCAGCAUCUUAGCCACCCUGAAACAGAUCCAGAUCCCCAUCGUCAGCCUGGAUGUGCCCUCAGGGUGGGACGUGGAGAUGGGAAACAGCGAGGGAAUCAGCCCCGAUGUCCUCGUCUCCUUGGCUGCGCCCAAGCAGUGCGCCACCCGCUUCCUGGGCAGGCAUCAUUUCCUCGCUGGCCGCUUCCUGCCCUAUGACGUGCAGAAGAAAUUUGAGCUCAACCUGCCCGAAUACCCAGGCACAGAGUGUGUGGUUUCGCUUUAAGGCUCUGGAGUGGUGGGGAUGGAGAGGGGAGUUGGAGGGGGAGGAGAGGAAAAGCCAUCCAGCUCCACCAUAAUAAAAAGGCUUCAAAGCGUUUUGUAUUUUUUUGACCAGCCAGGUGACUCCUUGCUGGGAUGCUGCAUCCUGGCAGCAGGGCCUGGCUUCCCAGCCAGAGGCCAUGCAGCUCCCAGGGAGGGCAUCUGCUGGCAGGAGGUCCUUGGGCAUCUCAGGCCACCGUGACCAAGCCUUCAUGUUGAUCAUUUAAACUCGAGGCGGGCCUAGGGGAUCAAAGGCAGCGCUGAACCGAACCCCUCCCCUCCCGUGGGUCCCAUGCCCCCGCUGGCUCAGCCCAGGGCGCAGGGUUGAAUUGUGAAGUCAUAGAGGCCACUGUGUCAUUUUGUGGCAGGGUGAGGAAGAGGGGUGGCUUGUUCCUGGGCUGCAAGGAGCUCAGAUACAUGGGCACCCAUGUAAGCACCUUGCUGGAUAGGCCCCUCCAAGGCGAAUUGCUCCCCAAAGGCAGGUGGAGGACGUAUGGCAGGAGGAAACGUACGCUCGGCCCCUGGCAGGACGGGCCCAUCUGACCUCACCGGCCGUUUCCAUCACUCCCUGCCAUGAUCCACGCGUUGGGAUUUAUCAAUGCCCUUUUCACAGGAAUCCUUUGUAAACAGGAGCCUACUCUGCAGCCAGCCAGUUGGCAGGUCACUGCUGCCACCGGCCGUGGAAAGAGCAGAGAGAGGCAAAGCCCCUGGCACAGGAGGAAGGAUCAGGGAGCGAUUUCCUCCAGCAGCAGUUAGUCCGGCUCUUGCCCUGCGGGCCUCGGUGGCUGGCCCUUGUGGCGGUUGAGGAGCACGGCAGGAUCUGUCUGCAUGUGGACAGGGAAGGAAAUGACCUCCCUCUGCACUUGCUGUUCCCUGGCUGUAACUGCCCAGCGGCCCCUCAGCCAGAGAACAGGGCUCUCCUUGGGUCGCUGGCUGCUGUGUUGUGGACAGGGGGCCUAGAAGAUUUCUGUGCUGCUCUCCCCACACUGCCAAGAGCUCGGGGUUACUGAGCCGCCCACCCGCGAGGCCUUGGAGCCAGUGGAAUGGUUGGGGCAGCCAUCACCCAAGGGGUCACCACUGAGGAAAGCGGAGCUGAGGCCGUGGGUUCACGGGGUGCUCAGCUCUGCCCUGCUUGGCAGGUGUCCUCCAGCACUGGCUGAGUGCAGUGGUGGGCGGUCCAGCACAUGUCACCAGCAGAAGAUUCCUCCAGAGGGAACAAGGACCUAGGCUAGGACCAUGGCCACCCGGCUAACUACCGCAGACAACACUGAUUUGGGUGGCUCCUCAGUGAACCCUGUUCCUAGCCUGGAUGCUUUGCCAUGCGGGAAGAAACCUGCAUUUUUCUGCAGAUCAGUGAAAUCUCCAGGGGCCAUAUGCCAGUCCCCCCCCACCCUCCCCACAUCAUCGUCCACUUGUUCUGAGAAAAAGCUCUUUGUAGCCUCUCUGUUUGCAGCAGCUCCCGGUUUCCAGGGACAGCUAGAUGAAAAAGCGGCACUUAGGUGGCAAGGUUCCCCUUCCCUGUGCAGACUGCCCCGGGCACUGGCCUGGCGAGUGUGUUCUCUGAAGUAGGAAGCAGAGUAGAGGUGGGUGAACCCGAUUUUAUUACCAGUGCUGAGUACCUGUGCGCAGCCCUGCCGCCCUCCCGGUGCAGUUAGCGAGACCCAGCGAGAGAGGAGGACCUGCUGCUGUUUGCACAGCGAACGCUGCAUCCCAGCUCAGCUUGUUGUGCUGAUGUUCGUACGUUUCUUUGGCGGGGGCUGGAUUGUGGACGACGCUGUCGCCCGGCUAAUGGGCGUUGUUGCUGAGUGAGUACCCAGCUCGGCAGUGGGGCACCCCCACAGCUUACUGCACGGUCCAGGGGGCUGCACAGCGUCCCCAAAUCCAGCCUGACGCUUCCUUGUGCCAGCAGAUAGCAGCAGCAGGACCUGCCCCCAUAGCAUUUAAGGUGGGGCCUGGGGUGAGUGACACAUGGCCUGAUUCUGCACUAGGGCAGCUAAGGCGAGUUUUGUCCUUGACCUCAAUGGAAGCAAAAUCAAGCCCAGAGCCUCCCUACAGCUUCGUUCUCCCCAGGCACACGAGGCAAGCGACUUGCUUCAGUGGCACCACCAGGCCACAGCUCUGGCCUGGUUAUGCCCCUUCUUCCCCCAGCCCAGGAUGCUUUGGCCUCUCCCCCCCGUGGACUCGCGUUUUUCUGAUCGAGGCCCUGUCAUGCUGUCCGUGUGUGUGUGUGUGCGUGUGUGUGUGUGUGUGUGUGUGUGUGUGUGACAGCAGGGGGACCUGAACGGACUAGAGACUCAGGGCAGAGCACAGCAGGACAGGUUGGUCCCUUGGGAUUGGGGCCUGCGUCUGUCAGUGGGCUCCUGGAGCUUCAGGGGGGAGCGCCGCUAAUAAAGAUGGGCUUGGAACUGA